UCAUUCUUCUCAUCUUUACUUGUCUUCUCUUCAAUUCCAGUGAUCAUUAUCUUUUAGUUAAUUAUCAUGGCUUUUUCUAAAUCUGUUGUUGUUUUGAUGGCUUUGUUCGGAAUCAGUCUCCUUCUCUCUGUUCAAGUUAUUUCAGCUAGAGAGCUAGCUCAAGAAAAAGGAGAUGAGGUGAAUAAAGCAGGAUACGAAGAGGAGAAGAAGAUACAUCAAGGACAAGGACAAGUACAAGGUGGUUACCCUGGGGCAGGCUUUCGCAAUGGUUAUGGCCCUCGCUUCAUGCCUGGCUUUGGGCCCUACUAUGGUGGUUACCAAGGUGGUUAUCCUGGAUAUAAUGGUUUUCAAGGUGGUUAUCCGGGAUAUGGUGGUUAUCAAGGUGGUUAUCCAGGAUAUGGUAUUGGCUAUGUUGGCUACCCAUGAGAAUUUUAUAAAAAAUACAUAAAAAUGAAGCUAGUAGUCUAUAUAUAUAUAUAUAUAUAUAUAUAUAUAUAUAUAUAUAUAUAUAUCACAUAUGUGCAUUCUAAUCAGGAUGUUUAAAUUAAUUAGUAAUGUGGUUAUUAAUAUAUGUAAUAAUGCAUGACCAAAGUGUUGCUGUUUAAGUGUGCAAGAGAAAGAUAUGAAAUAUUUGGGAUACUUUACUGCUUUUUGUAAGAUCAUUAACUUAUAAAUAAGAAGUAUUGAGCUUUGUUUGUAAA